GUUCGAUCAAAAACGGCGCCAGCAGCAUCGGCUCGAGGUCGCCGUACAGUGGUCACAGCGGCGCUGAUCUUCGGCACGUUCCUUGUUGGCUGGACUCCGGCCAGCAUUUUGUUUCUGCUCACUGCUGACGGCAUGCCACUGUUCCGCAAGUCCGGAGUGCUGAUUAACGUGCUGUCGAUCGUCGUUUUAAUCAACAUCAUGAUUAAGUCACUGACAAAUCCAAUCAUAUACGCAACGAGUACGAUACCUUCCGUUGAAGAAGUUGAUGCUGUUUACAUGAGAGGGGUUGUUGGCCCAAGGCAAGCCACAGGGCGGAGCCGAAGCCUGAGGGUGGUGAUGGGACUCCGGGCUGCUAAAGCACUUCCUAUGACGGCAAAAGCACGUCCCACAAUCAACAUUUGUGGUCAUUUAAUUCCAAAAGUGAAGACUGGGGAGAAGAUGACCGCCGGUAAACAAAAGUUAAGAUUUUUAGGGCCUCAUCCCUUAGCGAAAUUCAUAGUGAAUACCAGAAAUUCGGCACUUCGUCCUUCAUCGUCUGCUGUGGCGUAUCGUUCCACUACGCGAGAACGAAGUGUUCGAGAUGACUCAUCAAAGAAGGUGGAAACGAAACUGUUGCGCAGUUCUGUGCUACCUGAAUCACUGUAG